AUGUCGCUCUCCAACUUCAUCCAGGACGCCAUCAGCGGCGCUACCGGCCACAAUAACGAGAACAACUCGUCCUACGGAAAUAACCCCUCCUACGGCAACAAUCCCUCCUACAGCACUAACCCCCCUCCCUCCCACAACCCCAACAACAGCGCCCCCUUCGCCAACGACGACUUCAACCCCGCCCUCCGCUACGCCGAAUCCCACUCCAACACCUCCUCCAACGACUCCUCCCUCUUCACCUCCGCGCUCUCCUUCCUCAACGAAAACAAGCACCGCUUCUCCGACGACCGCGCCGACCUCAACGAAGCUGACGUCGUGCGCGCCCACCAAUCGCUCUACAACAACAACGGCGGCAACGAAGGCCAGGGCCAGGGCCGCCACGACGCGGGCUCGCUGGGCGCCGGCGCCGCGCUGCAGGCGCUGAAGCUCUUCACGACCUCGUCGGAGGGCGAGAAGAGCGGGAUGAGCAAGGAUGCGUUUAUCGGGCUUGCGAUGGCGCAGGCCAAGAGGCUGUUUGAGGAGAAGGAGGGGAAGGGUGAGGUGAGUGGUGAUAAGCAGUCGGCGAUCAAUUCGGCGGCGGAGAUGGCGCUCAAGAUGUACAUGAAGAGCCAGGGCGGUGGAAUGUCCGGGACCGGUGGGCCGGGCGGUUUGUUGUCGCUGGCGAGCAAGUUUAUGUAG